AUUCAAUUCAGUCAUUCCUGCGCGCUCACGCUUUGAAGCAGGUCGAUAAUAUUUGAUUUUCAAUUAGAGAUUCUCAGUUCUCGAAAUGUCUAAACCUUUAUAUUUCAAAGCUGGAAUUAAUGAUGCUGGCCGAGUAGCGGACAAGGGGUCAAAAUGUACUUGGAACAAAAAUGCUGAUCGUUCAACCUCAGUACAUACUUUUGUGGACUGGAAUGUCCCAAGACCCAAAAUUUUUCCAGACGCCCUAGCUGUCAUUGGCCACACCCCAUUGGUUAGAUUGAACAGAAUUCCACAAUCGCUAGGACUGGAAUGUGAAGUCUUGGUAAAAUGUGAGUUUCUGAACCCGGGCGGUUCAGUGAAAGAUCGCAUGGCACUCAGACUGCUGGAUGAUGCCGAAAAAGCCGGCGUGCUCAAACCAGGAUACACCGUCGUCGAACCAUCUUCGGGAAACACCGGCAUUGGAUUAGCCAUGGCUUGUGCCAUCCGAGGUUACAGAUGUAUCGUUGUUAUCCCCGAGAAAAUUUCACACGAAAAGGAAUUCGUUAUGAGGGCUCUUGGAACGGAAGUAGUUAGAACACCCGGUACUGCUGACGAAUUCUCACCUGAAGGCCUCUUCGGAACCGUUCAUCGAUUGAUCAAAGAAAUCCCAAACGCCGUUAAUCUCGAUCAAUUCUCUAAUGCAUCAAACCCUCUCACUCAUUACGAUACUACUGCUGAGGAAAUCUAUCAUCAGUGUGAUGGAAAAGUCGAUAUGGUGGUGAUGGGAGCAGGCACAGGUGGCUCGAUCAGUGGCAUUGGCAGGAAAUUCAAAGAGAUCUCGCCUCAGACGAAGGUCGUAGGUGCUGACCCGUACGGCUCGGUGUACGGUUACCCUGACAGCAUCAACAAGACCGACGUCGAGUUCAUCGAGAUCGAGGGCAUUGGCUACACGUUCCUUCCCACCUGUCUGGACAGGGAAGUGGUCGAUCAUUGGGAGAAAGUGUUGGAUAAGGACUCGCUGGGUAUGGCCAGGCGGCUGAUCAGGGAGGAAGGACUGUUGAUCGGGGCUAGUUGUGGUACCAUAUUAGUGGGAGCCUUGAGGGCAGCCCAAAAAAUGAAGUUAGGAAAAGGCCACAGAGUAGUUGUCAUCUUACCAGACAGUAUUAGGAACUACCUCACCAAAUUCGUUUGUGAUCAAUGGAUGGAACAGAGAGGUUUUCAAGAGGCAGUCAACACUGGAAACCAUAAGUGGUGGGACACUAAUGUUUCGAAACUGCAGCUACCUCAACUCCAAACUGCAUCACCAAAAACUCCUUGUGAAGAAGUUUUGAAAUUGAUGCGGAAAUCUGGUGUUGAACAAGUGCCUGUAGUAGAUGAUAGAGGGCAUACUACUGGUGUCGUCACGAUCCAGAACCUUACAAACAAACUCAUUUCCGGUGAACUCAAACCAAGUGAUGGUGCCGGCGACUGUAUCGAUAGGAUGUACCCUAAAGCUGUGCCAUCAGCGAACCUGGGGCUCAUCUCUAGAAUAUUGGAAAAGGAUCCAUACGUCCUUAUUAUUGAGAAAAAUGGUGCUGGACCUACCAAAGUAUUCAAACCAAUAGGCAUUGUAACAGGAGUUGAUCUCCUUAAUUUCACCCAGAAGAAUUAGAAGAAUCCUUUCAAUUUCGAUCAGAUUAUAGAAGUUGAAUAAUUGUAUAUACCAAACAUCUCUUCAGAAGAAUUUUAUAUUUAAUGAUAUUAUCACAUAAUCUGCUAUGAUGAUGGUACCCGCUACCCAUCCUUUAAAAUAGAGAAUAUCACACAAGCA